AUGCCCAUCGUUGGACAGAACCUGCAGGAGACCACGCCACAGGACACACGGGACCCAGCGUCCUGGCCAUCCGUUGACAGUCGGCGCCUCCUGCGCGUGGCCCUGCACGUGCGCCAGCUGCAGGACGCCACCCGCUUCUACAACGAGAUCCUGGGCCUGCUGCUGGUGGCCCCCCUGGACGUUCCCGGGGCCCCCAUCCAGCGGGCCCUCCUGUCCUCCGACCUCUCCCCCUCCGCCUUUGGCCUGGAGCUGCUGGCGGGGGGGCCCGCGCUGGAGGCCCUGGCGGGGUCCUGGUCCGGCCACUUCAUGCUGACGGUGCCGGACCGCGGCGCCUGCCUGGCCAAGCUGCGCGGCCUGGGGCUGGAGCGCUGCAUCCUGAGCGAGGAGGCGGCGGUGAUCCCGGUGCGCAACCCAGCCCCCGCCGGCUCCCAGACGCUGCAGGACAUCGUGGCCGCAGUGGCUGACCUCGACGGCUACACCUGGCGCCUGGUGGAGGGCGCGGAGCGCGCCGCGGGUGGCGCUGGCGCGGGCCAGGACGAUCGGAUGGUGGCACUGGCGGCCCACGUCCCUGACCUGGGCGUGGCGCUGGCCUGGGUCUCGUCGGUGCUGGGCAUGCCCACGCUGCACCAGUACCAGAGCUCUUCGGGCUACGCCACGGCGCUGGUGGGCUUCCCCCACGCCCAGCAUGCCGGCUCAACGGGGCCCGCCCUGGAGCUCAUCCAGGGCGACACGGCGGCACAGGCGGAGAGCGGGCUGGCGCACCUUGUCAUCUCCACCUCGGACCUCCAGAAGACGGUGCAGCACCUGCAGCUGCUUCGACAGAGCGUCGAGGCGGUCCAGCUCGGUGCAAUGGACGACCCCACCGGCCUCGUCAGCGCCGCCCGCAUCAACGGACCUGGCAAUCUCCGCUUCUGCUUCGUCCAGGCAGACGCCGCGUGA